UCUUCAGUCAGUCAGUCAGUUCAGUUCAAAGCUUCUGCUAGGUUGUCGUCUGGUCUGUGCCUGCUUUUGCUUAGCGUUUGUUUAUGUUUUUCUCAGUGGUAAACCGUUUUCUGUUUGAAAAACUUGUGUUGUGGAACGUGGAAGCUCCUUAGUUAGAUUUUUAAAAAGUUCAAAAUUUCGGUUGCUAGGUUAUCCGCGCCAACAACAGAAUGUCAGUUUGACAUUUUACUUCUCAUUUUUGUUUAAGUUUAUGAAUUUCUUAAAACUUUGUGCAAAGUAAUUGUGUUAAACUUAUUGUGGUUAAAAAGGGUUUGCAAAAUUGGAAAAUUUCGUUCAGCCCGUAAAUUAACAUUGGCCCUAGUGUUACUUGUGUUAAUGUGAGUGCUAUGCCUACAAGGCUGUUUUCUUGGUGAAGUUGGAUUUGAAGGCAUAACCCUGUUUUGUGUGCAGAAGCAGCGGGAUUCUUCCGAACCAGUUGAUGGGCGGGAUGGGAUGAGCGCAGCGCAGGUGGCCGGCAGUGCAGGGGACACUGUCCGGGAACGAGCAAUGCAGGCUGUAGAGUAUUACAACAGCAAUGUGCUUAGAGCUAGGGUGGGGGCUGGACUGGUGUCUGCGUCUAGGUCUUCAUACAAUGACCGCCACCAUCACCAACACUCGCCUGCAGUACGUCCCAGGACUGUGCAGGACGCAUUGUACAGGAGCAACUCUAGUCUGGAGCUGAUGCAUGAUCACACGCACUUCCACCAUGACUCCAGGGGCGGAAGUAUGGUGUCGCCAGUGCUACGUAGGGAGUACGGCAGUCACGGCAGCAUUGACGUCAUCGCAGAUAAGCAGACGACGGGAGAGUCGUUCUUUGCGAUGCUACAAGACUACAGGCCAGCAGUGCUGGGACUGGGUACAGACCAGCGCAGUCCGGGGCCUACGGAGUACCUGCGGGGCAAGGUGGAUGCGGCCCCCACCACUGACAAUGCUGCCAACACUCUGGCAGAUGACACAAACAGUCCUGCCAACACCAGCCCCAAACUGAGGCUUAAGUUCCACCGCUUUUGGUCAGGUAAUGUUUCAAACAAUGGCAAACCAGCGAGAGCAGCGACGUUGGACGACAGCGUGACGAGCGUGUGUAUGUCACAAGAGUGUGAGGAGCGACAACGGAGGCGAGCGUUUGCUCACUACGACGUGCAGAGUCUGAACGCACGGCUACGUGGGCUGCUGCUGCUGUCUCGACGGCGCAACACGACCACUGGCGCCUCAGCUGCUAGUAUGGGCGUGCGCGCCAGCACGCCAGACAGUGACGAGGACGGCGGCGACGGUCGCAGUAACCAGCUUCUGGAGAGUUGCCCAUUUUUUCGCAACGAGGUCGGAGGCGAGGAGGAGCGCGUGGUGUCCCUUACCAGGCUCAGUGCCCCGUCGCCCCGCCGAGCCCCUCCACCUCACCGACCCCCUCUGGCCUGUGGUGUGUCAGUGCUGGAGUAUCCUCCCGGGGAGUCACACUGGACCCACAACUGCUGUCCGUACCAGCGGAAUCUCCGCCUCAUUGAGUGUGUUGACCACGGCGCACUGUACUACCGCAACUACUUCUACCAGCAAGAGCAUCAAAACUGGUUCGGGAUGGAUGAGAACCUGGGACCUGUUGCUAUUAGCAUCAAACGGGAAAAGUUAGAAAGGCAAUCCCAGCAGCAGCAGCAACAACAACAACAGUCAACAGACAACAACAACACACCUCCACUACUGUGCUAUAGAAUAGUCAUACGCACAAGUGAGCUGCUCACAUUAAGAGGCUCAGUGCUGGAGGAUGCCAUCCCCAGCCUCAAGUCGUCAAGUAGCAGCAAAACCAUGAAUACCAAAGAAGUUCUCGAAUAUGUCGCCCCUGAAGUACAACUGUCAUGUUUGAGGUUAGGGACUAGCACACCUCAAACAGAGGAACAGCUGUUGAAGUUGGAUGAGCAAGGACUCAGUAGUCAUUACAAGGUGGGUAUCAUGUACUGCCGAGCGGGUCAGUCUACCGAGGAAGAAAUGUACAACAACCAAGACGCUGGUCCUGCGUUCAUAGAGUUUCUAGAAACUAUCGGACAGAAAGUCAGACUAAAAGGUUUUGACAAGUACAAGGCCGGACUUGACAAUAAGACUGAUUCGACAGGUCUGUACUCGGUUUACUCUCAGUAUCAAGACUGUGAGGUUAUGUUUCAUGUUUCCACAUUGUUGCCAUUCACACCCAACAACAGACAACAGCUGCUGAGAAAAAGGCACAUUGGUAACGAUAUAGUGACAAUAGUCUUCCAGGAGCCCGGAGCUCUCCCAUUUACACCAAAGAACAUUAGAUCGCAAUUCCAACAUGUGUUCAUCAUUGUUAGAGCGAUCAACCCUUGCACCGAGAACACACAAUACUGUGUGGCAGUCACUAGAUCAAAGGAAGUGCCUGUUUUCGGACCACCGAUUCAUGAAGGAGCGACUUUUAACAAAUCAAAAGCUUUUGCGGAUUUUCUCAUAGCAAAGGUUAUAAACGCAGAAAACGCUGCCCACCGUUCAGAAAAGUUUUCCACAAUGGCCACAAGAACCAGACAGGAAUACUUGAAAGACCUGGUUACCAACUACUCUACCACCACGUGCGUGGAAACUAGUCAAAAAUUCUCAAUGUUGUCAUUUAGCAGUAAGAAGAAGACUGCGUGGAAGCCUAGACUGGUGGCAGAUGCGACACAGCGAGGUGCAAUAUGCUGGCAGGUGGUGUUGGAAGACUCUAGCCUAGCCACACUAGUAGACUGUAUCUUGGCCGUAUCUGCAGACACUCUGUUGUUGGUAGAGGAAGGCAGUCGAGAGAUAGUGUUUGUCACACCUUGCAAGAGUGUACUGGGGUGGACCACCAACACCAACAGUUUACGUGUUUACUACCACCAGGGGGAGUGUAUGACUGUUCAUAUGAGGGAGAAUGGGGAUCGAGAUGAGCUUAUGGAGGUGGUAGUGAGGCUACGCUCAGUGACACAGGGCAGUGUGGCGCAACAACUGACACUCAAGCGCAACCCCCUGGGUCAGCUGGGGUUUCACGUGCAGCCUGACGGUGUGGUGACGCAGGUGGAGAGCAUGGGGCUGGCGUGGCAGGCGGGACUGAGACAAGGGGCUCGACUAGUCGAGAUAUGCAAGGUGGCUGUAUCAACACUGAGCCAUGAUCAAAUGGUUGAUCUGUUGAAGACUUCAAUGCUGGUCACCGUAACGGUGAUUCCACCUCACAGUGACGGCAGUGCUCGGCGUGGCUGUGCCAUGCAGCACUGCGGUUACAACCUAACGUCCGGUUAUGAGGGUGACUAUGAGAACCUAGCUUCUCCAGACUCUGCCCCGGCCACUGGUACUGCAGCUCUACAGACAGCUGUGCCUGCCAACCAUAGGCGCAGAUAUGAGCGAAGUUUCUCACCACCGAGAUCCAGCAACAGCUCAGGCUACGGCACAGGCAGUAGCAGCAAGUCCUUCAGUGGAGGAGACCCAAGGUUCCCGACUAACAUGGAGGUCACUACAAGUAAUGUUACCCAGGGUACCAUGACGUCGUCUUCGAGUGGUCACUCAAGUGAUGACCGAUGGUACGACCUCCUAGAGCCACCAGCUGACCUGCGCGACUCUCCUCCCCCACCCCUACCUGCACGACUCAGCGCGUUCCAACCCGUCAAUGAGUUCAAGGUAGGGGAGAAGGUUACGACUUGUCUGCUGAAGGCAUCAGAGCGAAGUCAUGAACUGAGGCGGCAACUUGAGAGGACGCCUCACGACUAUCACAUGGUCACUAGGAUGCCCAAGGUGGCAGACUACAACAGUUACCAGACGACCAGUGGCAGUGAAAAGUCUGCUAGUCUACCACUAGAGUGCAGCACUGCGUCUGUCCGGACACUCACUGUCAGUGACGGCCACUCCACUGACACAAGCUCUACUAGUGAAAGGCUGUUCGGUAUGCCAAGUGAAGAUGAGUUGUCGGCUAGCAGUUCACCUGGGAUGCGCCGUGGUGGUACAUUGACACCGUCUAGCACUGGCAGUCGCAACCAGAGUCCGCGACCGCGAGACACUGGCGAGGCUAGACUGCGACCGUCGCGCAACCCCAACCGCAACUCUGCCAACCUCACCAACUCCACACUGCAGGAGGACCUGAUUCGCCUGAUCACUCCUGACGCGAGUGACCUCACCCCUACCAAGGAGAAUGGCUCUACGGGCAGCAACAAGCAGAUCAGUGGGUCAGCCCCUGUCCAGGAUAAGGCCCCCGCUGGGGCGCAGGAGGUGAUACUGACAAUGGCUCGCCCCGCUACAGUCAUCAGCAAUACAUCCACUGCUUCCAGCCCUGCACCUGAUCAUCCCACCAAGCUCAGCAAGGAGGAGAGACUCUCCCCCCGAGUAAAGACAGGGGGAAAGAGCAACAGCAGCAGUAUGGGGGAAGGUGGGGGAGGGGGAAGUCUUCCCUUACCUGACACUAGAGGUAUGGACUGGGGCAGUCUAGUGGACACUGCUACACGAGCCAUGCUGCAGGUGCAUGAACACGACAACAACAAUAUACACGACAGUGCAGACGACGUUGCCACACACGCACUAGGUCGCAGGAUGGUGGAGCUACAGAAGCACUUGUCACAGCUUGAAGGUCGUCUGUCCCGUGAGACCCGGCGGAGACUGUCUCUGGAGGAAGAGGUGAGAGGGUUGAAGGAGGAGAACCGGCGUCUACAGGAGGAGAGCCAGAGUGCAGCGCAACAACUACGCCGGUUCACAGAGUGGUUCUUCCAAACUAUAGACCGUCCGUGACACCAUCCGGCAGUGACAACUCUCAUAAACAAUGUCACUGUCACAUACAUGUGAACAUUCUGUGUUUGCGAAGAUAGCAAGAUUAGUUGGAAAUGUCUCAUGAUGUGUUUGUUAGAAGCACAGAGAUGGUAAAUACGUAGAUGUAAUGCUGGAAACUAAUAAAGUUUGCCUCUGGGUAACUUUCAUCUAAACAAGCUUACAAAAUGACACCAAAUGGUCGGAAGUGAGUAGAUUCAAAGAAUUAACUAUACCAUGCUUUUAGCUUCUGUUGAGUGUCAAAUCUAAAUAAUGAACAAUCUGUUAAUGCAAAGAUAAGUGCUUGCAUUAAGAGGCAAAUAUUUGCAAAUGUGAUGCAACUCUGGUAACUAAAUCUGUUUUGACCCUGGGAACAAGAUAUUGGAGGAAAAAAUUGUAAUAUUACUGAACACAUUUAAAGGGUCAUAAAAAUCCAUUAUUAUUCCCACCAUUUUGUUUUUAAGAUUUUUACUUUACAAAAAAGUUAUAUCUCAGUAAAUUAGAUUAGCAGUCACAAUUUGUUCUAAUUACCAAAUACAGUAAUGUGCUUAACAAUACUUAAAUUUGGGUAAUUUUAGAUGCUACUGAUUCCUAAUCAUGUUUAAGCCGUUGAUUACAUUUUAAUACGGUUCCAAUUGGCCUUAAACACUUUUUUUUAUCCCAAACUUUAAAUAAUUGUUACUUGUGUGUAAAAUGUAAGGUAUUUUUUAUAGAUUUUUUCUUUUUGGUUAUCACUUAGACGACGAUAUUUUAAGUAAAACUUCAGUAAAUAUAAAUUCUUAGAAACAAUUUGUAUUUCGAUCUUGCAGUAGGUAAUGUAGGAACGAAGUUACGGAGAAAAAUUGUUUGUAUAUUUUCACCAAGAGAAUCCACUAUACAAAUUCUCAACUUACAUAUCAAUCUAUGUAAAUCCAGCUAAUAUAUCAC